AAACAAAUACUCGCUCCAUGUCAAUUUGACACCACAACUCAGCUCUCUUCCUGUCUUUGUCAUUGCCGUAUAUGUCGCCUGAGCUUCAUAACUGUGGACUUCAUUUCUUUUCUCUGUAUUUUCUCUUUGAAAUCUCUCCUUUACCCACUACCAUGAGGCUUUUUUCUAACUUGUAUUUACUUCCACUAACCUACUAAUCCGCUCGGCUCGCUAUGAGAAUGUUCACUCCUAUUUUCAGCUGUGAGGUGAUUGUGAGAUUAGAGAAUAGAGGCUGAAUUAGAAAGAAGAGAGCUUGUUAGACAGUUUUGAUAAUGGAAAACCCUAAAACCCCAGAAACCCUGGAAGCUCAAUAUCCAAAUUAUGAAACCCUAGAAGAAUCUCAGGGGUCUUCUGGGUUAUUCGGUUCUAUUGAAAAGUUUACUGGGUUAGUAUCUGGUGAGGAAAAUGAUAAAGGGGUAUAUAUAAACAGUGGUGGUAGCAAUGCUUGUGAUGUGGAAGUUGCAGGAAGGGUUAAUAACAAUGGAGGAGAAAAUCGGGUUGAAGAGAAUAGUGUUAGUGUUGCUGGGGUUGGAGAGAUUUGUGUUGUUGCUGUUGGGGUUGAAGAGAAGGAAGCGAGUCUUUUUGGACUGAAAGAGAAUAAUGCUAGUGUUACUGGGUGUGAAGAGACUUAUGAUAGUCGUGCUUGGAUUCAAGAGUCAAGUUUCAUUGCAGCUGAUGUCGAAGGGAAUGGAGAUAAUGUUGGUGGAGUGGAAGAUAAUAGUGUUAUUGUUGCUGGGUGUGAAGAGAAUAAUGUUAGUAUUGCUGGUUCUGAAGAUAAUGAUGUUAGUGUUGCUAGGGUUCAAGAGAUGAGUGUUAGAGCUGCUGGGGUUGAAGGUGAUAGUAUUAUUGUUGCUGGGGUCAAGAAUUGUUGUUUGCUGAGUGAUGGUAUUGUAAAAGAGAAUGAAGAUAAAGUGGAUGCUGUGGAGGCGCAAUUGGUUGCUGAGUUCGAUUCGGCUGGGGAUGGGGAUGGGGAUGAGGAAGUUGUGGUUGAGAAGAUUGUGAAAGAUGAAGAAAUGAAUGAAGAGACGGUUUUGGGUUCAAAUGAAGCUGGUUCAGUUAAAAAGAUUGAAGUAUCUGGAGACAAUAUAUCACUUUUCGUGGAUUUUUCUGGUUCUCUAAGCAGAUCUGAUCUGAAAAAUCUUAAUGGAGCAACUGAUACUGGAUCAAUGCUGAGUGAGGAGUUAAAAGAAACUGGGGAAGAGGAGGAGAAAGUUGUAAUUGACAAUCAAGACUGCAAGUUUUCUGUGGGUGAUGUUGUUUGGGUUAAAACCAAAAAUCAGACUUGGUGGCCUGGAAAGAUAUGUGACCCUUUAGAUGCAUCAACAUCUGCAGCAAAAAGUGACCAGGUGGACUACCUACCGGUAGGUUAUUUUGGAAGUGGGCAUGUUGCUUGGUGCAACCCAUCCCAGUUGAAGCCCUUCUAUGAGAACUUUGAACAGAUGUUUGGGAAAUGUAAGGCUAGAUUAUUUGUUGUUGCGGUAGAAAAGGCAGUGGAGGAGUUUGGUAAACGACUGAAAUCGGAGAUGACCUGUUCUUGUAUUGCGAAGCAAAAUCACCAAUUUACCGAGGGAGCUUCCAUUUCAAAGCGUAAAUGUAGUGAACUUGGGAAGUUUUCAGUCACUGAUUUGGAACCUGCCAGUUUUCUAGCACAACUCAAAGAUCUUGCGCUGGGCUUUCCCAUGCCUGGCAUGCUUGAGCGUAGGGCUGCACAAAAUCGUUUGUCUGCCUUCUAUCUUUCUAUUGGACAUAGCCAAGUGCCUAUGGAUCAGCUAUGGGGAGCUGAUGUUGAAUAUAGUGAUGUUGACAAGCUUAUAACUGGAAGCAAUGACAAAAUUUUACAGCAGAAGAAGAAUGAAGCUCUGGCCAUGAUAUCGGGAGGGGACAUGGGUAAUGUUGCUGAGGGAAGUGCCUCAGGAAGAAUGGUAUCAAAUUUCAGAAAGAAAAAGAGAAAGAAGGAUUCUGAAGCUAGAAAUGGCAUUGAUGCCAGUGCAAUGGAUUCCUCAUCUAAAGAAAAGGAGGGCAGGCUGAUGAGAUCACCAACUAUUGCAGAUGGAGAUGAUCAGAGUGAGGGGAAAAUUGAAAAGGGAUUUGAAUUGAGAGAACGGAAGAAGAGCAAGUAUCUAUCAUAUCCUUAUGUAAACUGGGGAGACAAAAGCCUGCCAAGUGAAAUGGAAGAUCUGAAGGCACAGAGUGACACUCAUGAUGGAAUGGAGGAAACCAGUGGUGGUUUGUUUGCAGUUUCCCCAGCAGCUGUUAAAGCUAGUGGUAAGAGGUUCCAGAAAAUAUGGUUCAAAAAAUUCAUCAGUGGAAGUGAUAUAUCUACAAAACCAGGGCUCAUUAAUGCAUCUUCGGCAGAAAUGCUCUCCGAACUCUGUUUUACAGCUGUAGACUGCCUUUAUCCAGAUAAAAACGAUAAUUUUGAUUUAAUUGAGUGGUUCUUUUCUAGAUUCAGAAUAUCAGCGUAUCAUGAUGAAUCCAUUUAUGAGAUGUACUGCAAGAAUAUGGUUGACCAGAAGCUAAAAGAUGGUAAACCUGAUAUGUGUGAAAGCCCUGAUGCAUUUCUCAUAAAAGAUCCACCACUAAUGAGUCGGCCUCCUUCUGAAAUUGAUCCUCAGCACAAGGUGCAAAAGAGAAACAAAAAUAGUAACUCCACGAAAUCAAAAGUUAAAUCUCGUUCUGCCCUACCAGAUGUGAAUACGAAUAUUGAUGCAAGUAGCUUAUCAGUAAAAGAUUUCCACAGUACAGGCACCCACAAUAUGCAAACUGGAGAAAGUACUUGCAUACCUGAUUUGAAUGUUAAUGGUGCUAUACCCACGGUAUUGGCAGAAAAUGCCCAGGUUAUUGGCCAAGUGGGUUCUCAGAUGAAGAAGAGAAAGAGGAAACAAGGAGCUGCUGCUGGGUGUUCACAGACUAGUGUUAGUGCCAGCUCACAAGAUCUAAAUGGAAAUGUUGCAAAAUUUGGCUCAUUGGUGGUAGACUUGCAGGCGAAGGGCCCAUACUCAAUCAGUUCUAUCCCUGAACAAAGAAAUGGAGAUUCUCCUGUACCAGGCUUGUGGGUCAAAGUUCCACCAGAAGUUGGCCUGCUCUCAACUGAAAGUAAGCCUGGACAGAAAAGGAGGAGGAGAAAAGCAAAAGCAGCAUCAGAACAUCAGGAGACUGUAACUACUGCUAACAUACCAGAUUUAAAUGGAACCAGUACCGAACCCUGUGCAUCCCCUCAAGGAAAACCAGAGAAGAAGAGGAGGAGAAAAAGGGAAACUAGUGCAGGGCAGCUGAGUAGAAGAUUUGCUUCCAGGAUACUGAAUAUGAACAGAAAUCAGGACAGAGUUGACCAAAGUGGAGAUUCUUUAGGAACUGCUCUUGUCCUGACAUUUGCUCCAGGAGUUUCUGUGCCUUCUAAAGAUGUUUUAGUCACAACAUUUUGCAAGUUUGGGCCCUUGAAGGAAACAGAAACACAGUUGUUGAAAGAUACUAAUAUCGCCCAGGUUGUUUUCAUGAGGAGCACAGAUGCUGGAGAUGCUGUUCAAAGUUUAGAGACGAGUAACCCUUUUGGUGAAGCCCUUCUCAAUUAUCAGCUCCUGGAAAAGCCUUCGGAAUCAGUUCCUCAGCCUGGUGAGGCACCACCUCUUGACUUCAUAAGGCAGAAUCUUGAGAUGAUGACUUCAAUGCUAGCGAACUCAGGAGAUAAUCUUUCUCCAGAGAUGAAAGCCAAACUGGAGAAUGAGAUUAAGGGCCUCCUGAAAAAGGUCAGCUCCAUGCCUAGCUCCUCAUCUCCCAAAUUGAAGUUGUAAGAUAUAAAAUACCAUUUGGUGGUUUAUUUAUGUAGUGACCCUAGAUUGUUAUGCUUUCCUUGUUCUGUCGUCCGUAUGGGCUGUUGCUUUGUAUCUAUUUUCCUUCCCUCUGAUAUUGCCAGCACCUAGAACUGUUUAGUCUUUGCUACACUGAAGCGUACAAACCUGGGAGCUGCAAUCAAUUCCACUAAUUGUGUUUUCUUUC